AUGAGCGGAGGAGGUCUGCCGCGUGUACUGGUGUCUCGCUGUUUGGAGUGUGCUACACCGUACCCUUGUCCCUUUCCGUUUUGGUGGAGGCUGAAAAUUCCAUCGUUAGCCCCCGGUAUCCCUCGAGGUAAGACAGCUAAAAGUGUUGGAUUUCAAGAUCCUACGACAUUAAGAUUAUUCCACAUCGGUUAUGUUCUAGGCGUAAUAUAUGGAUUCUUGUUUUCACUCAUCUUAACGGCGAGAGAAAACUACUACUCAGAUGCUAGUCUAAUCAGUAGCAUCGUCCUUGGAGUUAUCAUCACAGUCCACGGAUUGCGUUCUAGGGACGCAUUCGCAGUCCAUCAGCAGUUGCGCUAG